CUGUAGCUGUAGGGAGAUAAAUAAAUAGAGGAGUUUAGCCGGCUGCCGGCAAAAAAUCUUCCAGAUCUGUCCGGUUCUACGACGCCGUUAGGAAUUGCGCAAUAAAAAACGCUUUUUCAUCUUCGCCGAAUCUACCAAAUUCAACAUGCCUUCCUACAAGCUGAUUUACUUCCCCAUCACGGCAUUGGCCGAGCCAAUUCGCUUCCUGUUCAGCUAUGCUGGCAUCGAGUUUGAGGAUGAACGUUUUGAUAGGAAUGAUUGGGCAAAACUUAAGCCGACUAUGCCAUUCGGUAAAGUACCCGUACUCGAAGUAGAUGGAAAGAAAAUCGAUCAAUCCACAGCUAUCUCCCGUUAUUUGGCUAAGCAAUGUGGUCUUGCUGGCAAGAACGAUUGGGAGUCUUUGGAAAUAGACUCGACCGUCGACACUAUCCAUGAUGUACGCGCUAGUAUCGCUAGUUUCCACUAUGAGAGCAAUGAAACAGCUAAAAAUGAGAAACUUAAAGCUAGCAAGGAGACGACUGUGCCAUAUUAUUUGGAGCGUUUAGACGCACAGGUGAAGAAGAAUGGCGGUUACUUUGUCGGUGGUUCUUUGACGUGGGCCGAUUUAGUUUUUGUCGGUCUUUUGGAUUAUUUGAAUUUCAUGAUGAAGGAGGACAUCGUUGAGAAGUAUGAGAAUUUGAAACAACUCCAAAAAACAGUCGAGGAAGUACCGGCUAUCAAAAACUGGAUCGAGAAGCGUCCGCCAGCGGUCUUUUCACCGAAUUAUUGUUCUCGGUUCGCGAGUAGUUCUGCAUCGAUUGCUAGAGUCUUAAUUUUACGAGAGAUUGGAUUACAGACUGCAAGGUCGAAAACUAUAAAGUGUAAUAUGCCGACGUACAAGCUGAUAUAUUUCGACGUUACAGGCCUUGGGGAGGCAAUUAGGUUUAUGUUAAAUUAUUGCGGCAUCAAAUUCGAGGAUGUUAGAUUUAGCUUCGAUGAAUGGUCGAAGUAUAAACCAAACAUGCCCAUGGGACAAGUGCCGGUUCUGGAGAUCGAUGGUAAGCAAUAUCAUCAGUCCAGGGCCAUCGGACGAUUCCUCGCCAAGAAGGCCAAUUUAUAUGGGUCUAACGAUUUUGAGGCCAUGGAGAUUGAUGCAACAGUUGAUUCUAUCGAGGACAUAAGACAAGCAAUGACUCUUCAUUAUUGGGAACAAGAUCCCGCCUUCAAAGCGAAACUCAAAGAUACGCUUUUCCAAAAAUUGCCUAUGUAUCUUGACGUAUUCGAAGCUCAAGUUAAGAAGAACGGUGGAUAUCUUGUCGGUGGCAAGCUGUCGUGGGCAGAUUUUCUGUGGGCUGCGUAUUGUGACUAUAUGAGCUUUAUCGUAGGGGGGGAUUCGUUCAAGAAUUAUCCCGAAUUGAAAAAGCUAGUUGAGAAAGUUCGUACUUUACCCAAAGUUAAAGCUUACAUCGAGAAGCGACCUAAGACUCAAUUUUAAGUAAAACGAUCUAUAAUAUUAUGCUCUCUCUUUGAUUUGUUAAACGUUUUAACAUUAUUCUUCAAUAACUAUUUUCUAUUUCGAAGCAUUUUGUAGGAGAAUAGCAUAUAACUAAUGUUCCGAAUAGCUUUAAUCUGUAGUUUUUCUGCAAUCUAACAUACAACAACU